GCUGACAGACUCUGAGGGAUGAGAGAGGGAAGAUGCUAAGGAAAUGUUUUCCUUCACCGCAGAAAACAAGCGACCAGAAACCGCAGAAUGUGACUGAACCACCACAGACGAGCACCGUCAACCAGAUGAUGGCAGUCGACCAGGAUGGACAGAUCAUGGCCUAAAGUAAAUAAAAUGGCCUAUUUUGUGAAAUAGAAAGCUACAUCUGCUAACUGGAUUCCUAACGAAACCUUUUGGAGUUCAAUAUAUCGAAGACGGACUUCACUUUUGACCUUUAGACUGGACGCCGGCUGUCAAUAUGUUGGGUUAAGAAUGUGUGAAGUCUUCAGUCUUUGACACUGCAGCAAGCGUUUCCUUCAAAACCCAUCUUUAGUAUUCUUGGACUGUUGAAGAAGCUUCGGUCGACAUGUUUACGGCUCUGAAGAAGCUGGUGGGCUCUGAAGCCGUGCAGCUCAGGGAUAGAAAUAUUCCUGCAGGUCUGCAAUCCAUGAACCAGAGUCUACAGAGGCGCUUUGCCAAGGGCGUGCAAUAUAACAUGAAAAUAGUCAUCCGUGGGGACAGGAACACUGGGAAAAGUGCACUUUGGCACCGACUUCAAGGGAAAAAGUUUCUGGAGGAGUACAUUCCCACACAGGAGAUCCAGGUCACCAGCAUUCACUGGAACUACAAAACAACAGAUGAUGUAGUUAAAGUUGAAGUCUGGGAUGUGGUGGAUAAAGCAGGGAAAGGCAAAAGACGCGGGGAAAAUCUGAAACUGGAAAACGAACCUCAGGAGUCAGAAACAGAGAUGGCUCUUGAUGCAGAGUUUCUGGAUGUCUACAAGAACUGUAACGGCGUGAUCAUGAUGUUCGACAUUACCAAACAGUGGACAUUCAAUUACAUCCUUCGGGAGCUGCCAAAAGUGCCAACGCACAUCCCAGUGUGUGUCCUGGGUAACCAGCGGGACAUGGGAGAGCACAGAGUCAUCCUACCUGACGACAUCAGAGACUUCAUCAACAGUCUGAACAGACCUCCAGGCUCCUCCUACAUCCACUAUGCCGAGUCCUCCAUGAAAAACGGCUUUGGUCUGAAAUACCUCCAUCGCUUCUUCAACAUCCCGUUCCUGCAGCUACAGAGGGAGACUCUGUUACGGCAACUGGAGACAAAUCAGCUUGACAUCGAUGCCACGCUGGAAGAGCUCAGUGUUCAGCAGGAGACGGAGGACCAGAACUAUGACAUAUUUCUUGAGAUGAUGGAAGCACGCAAAGCUUACGGCUCUCCGGCGCCCUCUAAUGGCCAGAGCCCGUCAUCUGGCUCCCAGUCUCCUGUGGUUCUUCCUGGAGCCGCUUCUCCUAGUAACUCUAGCCCCAGCACCCCACAGGCUCCUGUCCCGCUUCAGACGCCUGCCCCACCACCACCUCCAUCUAUACCACACCCUACAGCCCAGACCACAGCCACACAAGUCCAGCAGACACCAUCACAAACCUUAGAAGCUUCACCUGCCGCACCGACACCUGCUCCUGCCCAACUUACAGCUCCUGCUGCACAGAAAAGAGGAUUCAUCUCACGUUUGUUUGGAUCCUCCACUGCUGAGACUUCACCAGACAAACCAGAAUCUACAGGCUCUGAAAGCAUAAAGAUCUCUGGAAAGGUGCAGAGUGUGGAUGAAUUUGUGCCAGAGGUGGGAUUAGACCGAACCUUUCUGGAUGACGGUGGAAAAGCAGCAGCAGCGGCGGCUAAAUCAAAAAACAAAUCUUCAGGCUCAGCUCCGAUCCUAGACAGUGACAGUGAUGGAGAGGGACAGGGAAAUCCUCUGGUCUCCGGCUUCCAGGAUGAUUUAGAUCCAGAUGACAGAGCGCCGAGUCAGCCUGCAGUUAAAGCAGUGGUGCCGAGCAAAGACAUCACACUGACCAGUGAUGAAGAAGUGGAAGAUUCAUCUGUUCACCAGCAUAAAGCCAUCAGCAGCUCAGGGCCAAACACAAAGGGAUCCUCACUGAACUCCGUCAAACAGCUGCAAACAAAGUCAAAGGCAGCUGAAAGACCCCAAAGCCUGAAGACCACAGCGGGACCUGCAGUGCAGAGAGCCAGCCUAAAGACAGGAGGCACUGUUGAGGCAGACUCCGAUUCAGACCGAGAGGCUCCAGUCGCUCAGCAGAUGCUUUCUUUUGUCAUGGACGACCCGGAUUUUGAGAGCGAAGAGAUUGACGUACCCAAAGCCAAGAAGGGCGCUUUCUCUGCACGAGAUGACUUUUCUGACCGCUCGGAUGAUGGUUUUGUGUUAGCUGGACUCACGGAGCCUCCCAAACCUGUUGCGCCCUCAUUUAAGACCAUUAACAGUGAUAUUGACCUGUUCGGCUUGGGCUUGGAAGAGGCGACACCUAAAAGUAAAGAAAGCAGUGAAGAUCAGGAAGAUAAUGAAAGCAGACACUCCACUAAGGAUAAGAAAAAGAAGAAAAAGAAAAGCAAAGAAGAGGAUGAGAAAAGCAGCAAAAAACGACACAAACACAAGAAAAAGGAAAAAGAGGAGACCGUAACGGGAGAUGAGAAAGACAAGAAGAAGAAGAAAUCCUCCAGGACCAAGAAAGCAGGAACUGUGGAUGAUCUUGAGGCUUUUCUGGCGGGAGGAGACGGACCUGGAAACAGUGAAGGCGGAGACUAUGAAGAACUCUAACCAAUCAGGAUUAGACACCGUGUGACAUCAUCGCCAGGUCAUUUUCCCAAUCCAUUCCACCUGUUUUCUCAGUGCCUAGCCUUUUGGAUUUCCACAGCGUUUGUUUGUUCUUCCAGCGUCGAAGCUUUACGUCGUGCUUUCUCAAACUUUACACAAUCACACAAUUUUCACACAAAGUAUUUUCAGACCUUUAGAUGCGUCAGAUUUCACACGCAAGAUCAAGAGAUAUUCCGUUAUUAACUGAUUAAAAGAGUCAUUCCAGCAAAUCUAUGCUGUUCGACAAAGACUUGAGGACGUGUUUAAGCUUUAUUAGGGGUUUUUUUGUGUGUCACAGUGUGUGUGUGUGUGUACUGUAUGUGUGUCCUUGAAAACUUUUACAACUCUGUGUGUAAUUGUGUGUUCUUUUAGCAAACAAAUAGAGAAAUGUAUCCACAUGCAAUACACAAGCAGAACGAAUUUCAGUAAUGCAUCGAAGAAAAUGAGUUGCGCUUCAUUGAAUCUUUCCACUUGUGUUUUACAAAUCAGAAUAAGAAUGAACACUAGGGCUGCACAAUAUUGGAAACGAAACUGACAUUGCAAUAUUUUGCAUUUCUGCGAUAAAUAUGGCCAUACAGUAUGAAUUUAAUUUCACAAAAUGACCCAAGUAGCUGUUUGGAAAUAAUUUUACAUUGGUUGGGAUGAUUUAAUAAACUAAACAGUGUGUGUAUGAGUGUGUGUAAAUGUGAGAGUGUAUGGGUGUUACUAGAGCUGCACGAUUAAUCAAAAAAAGAUCUCGAUUCGACCCCCUAGACCAGGCAUGGGCAAACUCGAUCCUCGAGGGCUGGUGUCCCUGCAGAGUUUUGCUCCAACACUAAUCAAACACACCUGAACACCCUAAUUAGUGUCUUCAAGAUCACUAGAAAGCUACAAGCAGGUGUGUUUGAUUAGGGUUGGUGCAAAACUAUGCAGGACACCGGCCCUCCAGGAUCGAGUUUGCCCAUCCCUGCCCUAGACGAUCUUAAUCCAGCAUUUCUACGAUUCUGCCAAUCAUAUUUUCAAGUUCAGGAGAGAAGCAUAAAAGGGGGCCGCACAAGUCUUCACAUUGUUUUACAUGCAUUGCUCAGCAACGUGGACACCUCUAAAUGGUGUUGAAAGAGUCACAUACUGUAUUUAUAAGGUAUAAUUAACCCAAAACGUCAUUUCUGUCUUUAUGUAAUGAUGUAUUCGUGGCUGCGAAAUCACACGUGACGUGAGCUGACCGUGAGCUGUUACCAUAGAGAGGGCAGGCGUACGCGCGCUUGUGAAUGAUGUCUACUUUAGUGAACAGAACCUGCAUAGGCUGUGAAUAACAGGUAAUACAGUUGUAAAUAACAUUCAGUUUGUUGCACAGAGCGAUCGUUUGAGAGCCGCACGAGAUGUAUGCACAGCACUUAGCAGUGAAAAUGAAACCGAAACAUCAUUUCAAGAGUUCCCACUUAGAUAUGCUUGGCAUUUAAAGCAGGUUUGGCAUGCUGUCCCGGGAGAGAACCCUGAGCUCGGAGAUAUUUGAGCCCAGGGCUCCCGCCCGGUCGAUAAGCAUAUCAGGAGAUCCGGUAGGUCUCGAGAGCUCCCCCUUUAGAAAAGGGAGGAAAAGGAGGAGAUGGGGUGGAAGGGGGAAUUCUUCCAAACGAAGAUAGAGCAGUAGGAAGAAAAUGAUCUAUUUAUAGUAAACUAGAAUCACUCUGAUUGGAUUAUUACUGAUUACAGAUGAGCGGCCAGACGUGCUCAAUCAUAUCACGUGCUCCUCUCGAAAUUAGUUUAUAAAACUUCACUUAAAUAAUCAUGUCGCGUUUUAGAGUUAUGAUUACGACAAACAUUGAAUAUUUUUCUUUCAUAGCGAACACACAGUUGUGCAUGAAAAUAAAUGUUUAACAUGGUCAGUAUAACUACUCUAGCCUAUAUAUAAUGCUGAAUAUGAUGCAAGAGAGCAUCUGAUAAUGACAAAUGUCUGAUUUCACUAGUAGAAAAAAAAUGGUCUAAUAAUGUUGUCAAUGACAGGUUGCAAGCAUGUGUCUCAAACAUAAUAAUUCCAAUUAAGUCUAUUCAAAAUUGAGCAUUUUAACCAACAGUAGACCUACAUAUAAUAUUAUGAUCAUUGUUUUACUGUAUGUUUGAGAAAUAAUAAUAAUAGGCUACUCAGAUUAACCUUUAUUUAACAUCUACAGAAUCGUGAAAACAUCCUAAUCUUUAUUUUAAGCAGAAGAAUCGAGAUUUUCAAUUUUUUUAUCCAGAAUCGUGCAGCUCUUGGUCUUACCCAGUAAUAGGUUGUGGCUGGAAGGGCAUCCGCUGCGCAAAACGUAUGCCAAAAUAGUUGCCGGUUCAUUCCGCUGUGGCGCCCCCUGAUAAAUAAGGGACUAAGCCAAAGAAAAAUAAAUGAUAUAGAUAAAAAUAUUCAUUUUCAAAAUGGGGCGUACUCAUUUAUACUGAGCACUGUGUGCAAACAAUACAAAGCUUCAAGCGUAAUCAAUGUAUUAGUGCUCUUUGGAUAAGGGAUUCUUUCAAUUCAAUUCAAUUCACCUUUAUUUGUAUAGCGCUUAUACAAUGUAGAUUGUGUCAAAGCAGCUUCACAUAAAAGGUCACAGUAAAUAGGAACAGUGUAGUUCAGUUUGUAGUGUUCAAGUUCAGUUCAGUUUAGCUCAGUUCAGUGUGGUUUAAUAAUCACUACUGAGGGUUCAAACACUGAAGAGCAAAUCCAACGAUGCGCAGCUCUACAGAUCCCGAACCAUGCAAGCCAGUGGCGACAGCGGAGAGGGAAAAAAAAAUUCACUAAUUGGCGAAAGUGAAGAAAAAACCUUGAGAGAAACCAGACUCAGUUGGGCACGACCAUUUUAAUUUCUCCGCUGGCCAAACGUCUUGUGCAGAGCUGCAGUCUCAUUGGCGGAGGCUGGAAGCUCUUUAAAAGUAUGCAAAUCUAAAUAAUAAGUCCAAGGCAAAAUAAGUGAGAAAAGUUCAAAAGCCUUUA